GCCUAGAAAGGCUGAAGUUAACUACAUCCCCCUACAUCCCAAAGGUGAAACUGAAGAUAGCCUGGAGAGUGAACGAAUUGCUUUGUUGACAGAAGUGUCCAAACGGGACAACGAAGCUAUAAUAAAAGCCAAGAUGGAGAAAACCUUCUCCUACAGACGACAAGAAGUUGUGGACCAGAGGCCGAGGAUAGAGGAUUUCAAAAAUCGAUGGCCUGCUCUGUUUGAGCAGAGGGAAGUAAAUGCUGAGUUCAUGCGUGUCACUACGAAGCCACUUCGAGCAAAGUUCCUCUCCCAAUUCGACCACUUUACACCAAAACUGCAGCAGAUUCUCCAGGACAAAGGAGGGGUCAAAGGACAACGGAUCAAGCACAUCCUUGAAAUGGCUGCCGCGGAUGUUGACAUUGACUUCAGGAGAGAAGUUGUCCUGCGCGGCCUGGUUGUUUACCUAAAUGAAGACCCAGAUGCGUUCUUCAAGGAAUACGUGUCCGCUGAGGAGGCCGAAGGGGACAUCGCUGCCACAGUCAUGGGGAUUUACAGCAUCAGGAGCCAGGGACAUCGAGAGCCAGAUGACGUUGGAGUGGUAAUUGAGGGCGUCAUGGUGAUGCACAACAUCAGUACCGUCAUCAACGCUUUCAUUGUCCUGUUUGGACUGAUUUAUGCCCUUGAUCUUGCCUACCCAGACAGCAUGAAGUACACGUUUGAAUUUGUCCAGAAGAUUCUCAUGAACCUGGAUGGACACAAGCUAAAUGUGAAAAUUCAGCAACUGAAAAUCAAGCUGUUUGCUUAAGACGCUAUCCACUUUCAGCGCUUUAGCGCAGUGCCAUGUCCCCUCCUCAAUUCACAUUCCAUGCAGGAUGCUCCUUGCCAGUGCCCUCCUACAGACUACACACAACGUGGUCUUUUUGGCCAUC